AUGGCAAUAAUUUUCUCCGCUACUUUUUCGGCGACCGCUGCAGCCCCUGAGCCACCAGCUCCACACCCCCUCCCACCACCACCCCUCGCAGUUACAGAACCAUGGAGUACAACAGCCGAAACGUCAAAUGAUACAGAACCAUGGAGUACAACAGCCGAAAUUUCGAAUGAUACAGAACCAUGGAGUACAACACACGGUACAGCAGCAUCGAAUACAUCAUUCGCACCCGAGCCGGAACUACCUUUCCUCAACACGUCGCUCCCAUCGUUGAACACCACCGAAACACCAGAUGACACAAUACCGUUAAACACAACAUCAGCACCGGAACCGGAAAUCCCUCAUCCCGUCCUACGGCCGCCACCGGAAAUCACCACCCCAACUCCGGAAACGUCGAACGCAACACCCGCCUUUGAGCCGGAAAUACAGUAUCUUGUCGCACCGUUGCCACCGUUGAUCACCGAAGAGACACCGGAUGACACAAGGCCCUUGAUUUUAACACCCUUGGAUGAUCCUGUUUUAACACCGGCACAUGAAAAUACCACCCCUACACCGGAUGACGCGCACGAUGCGUUUAGGCCGUUGGAUUUUGAUGACGUCGAAUCACCGGCAGCGGAGGAUGGUCAUCGGAGGAAUGACGUCAUGAACGGUGCUGAGGAUGAGGAGUCUUUGCCGAGAGUACCAGUGUACCCUCCGGAUUUCUGGGAUACAAUCGUGUUGCCGGGAGUGGAGGAGUGGAGUUUUAGGAAUUAUACAAAUUAUGAUCAUGAAUUGUUGUGA